UGGCUGAAGCCUAUGUUCAAAUGGCUCCCCGAGGGGCUGCGCUCGUGGUUGUUUCCAUCUUCCUCUUGCCGCCGGGAAGUGGAGCCUGCGCUCCCUCGGCCGCGGAAAAGACGAUAUCCCAGUACUCAAUUAAACAAAGAAGACCCUGACCAGGAGCAAACAAAACGGCAAAAACUUGGGAUUUUCUGUGCGUUUACACAAGGGAUUGUCAAUUUAUUUAAGCUACCAUCCCAGCUGACUGCUGCGGUUUUUCUGACUGGGGAUCAGCAUGCGGAAACUACAGACGAGUUUUUUCUAAAUGCUUCUGGUACUUUGGAUGCUGAGCUACUGGAACCUACCUCUGGGAUGCAAACGUUUGAACUGGAUAAAAAAGCUGUUUAUGGUACCAGUGGGCAUCCAAAUGAAGAGAUGGCUCCUAAUGGUAGCAGAGUUAUGCCCUCUUUAAGGAAUGACUGUGGUACCAGAAGGAAUGGCAAGACAAAUAAUAAUACUUUUUCAGAGGACUUGCUACCCUGGGGAACUGCAAUUCACCGACAUUUGUCAGAUGCUCCUCCUAUGAGUACAGGAAGACUUUUAAAGAAGCCUCACUACACAGUGGAAGAGGGAGUUCAAAGAGAUGAGAGAGAAAAAUACAGACAGCUCCUUGAACAAGAAAAAGAAAAGAGCCCUAAAAAUUACUCCAGUCCCACAGUAGCAAAGCACUCAAAUGUCCAAGGAUGUGCAAGCGGGUUGUUAAUGUCUGGUUGCUGUGUGGAAGUAGAUCUCCCUCCAGCAGUGACACCAAGGAAUGGUAUCAGAAGCUUUGAUUCCGUGUGCUCUACAGGAGAUGUAAGCAGCCCUGCAAUGGUAGCCAAAAGAUCUUCAGAGCUUGAAAAGCUUGUAGCGUGGAGAAAAGAGCAUGCAAAGCAUUCCUCUGCGAAUGACCUGUCAGAGGAAGUGUUGCUUAGGUUAAACCUGCAUCAUGAAGGCUCUUCAUGUACAAGGAGCUCUCAAGUUGACCUAGAAGAACAGAAGCAUCUGAGUUGGGACAAGACUACACAGUGCCUUCCUACCCUUACAGAGGAUAUGGAGAAAGUGAUAGAAAAUGUGCUGAGCCAUGGUCCAGAGGAUGAGAUUUUGAGUAGUGCCUUCAAACUGAAGAUCACACGUGGAGAUAUUUGGACACUAAGAAAUCAGCACUGGCUUAAUGAUGUGAUCAUUAACUUCUACAUGAAUCUUCUGGUGGACCGAAAUAAAAGGCCAGGACUUCCAGUCCUUUUUGCUUUUAGUACUUUCUUCUAUCCCAAGCUAUGUUCUGAGGGCUAUAAUGCGGUCAGAAAAUGGACCAAAGUAGUAGACUUGUUCCAGCAUGAUAUGAUCUUGGUACCCAUUCAUAUCAAGAUACACUGGGGAUUAGUGGUUGUAGACAUGAGGAGAAAGACGAUAAAAUAUUUUGACUCAAUGGGACACAAUGGAUAUAGGAUCUGUAAGAGACUGCUACAAUAUCUACAGGAGGAAAGCAAAGCCAAGAGAAACCUAGACAUUAAUGUUUCGUCAUGGACACUUUACAGUAUGAAACCACAUGAAAUUCCUCAGCAGUUGAAUGGCAGUGACUGUGGAAUAUUUGCUUGUAAAUAUGCAGACUUUAUUUCCAGGGAUAAACCCAUUACAUUUACUCAGCAUCACAUGCCUUAUUUCCGCAGAAGAAUGGUGUGGGAGAUACUUCAUCAGCAGCUGCUGUGAUACCAGGCCUCUGAUGGAGGUGCACUUGCAUAGUGCCCUUGAUGGCAGAAGAAGUUCUGUGUUUAGCUGCUAAUUC